AUGGGGGCAGUCAACUCGACGUUCUUCAUGCAGGUGACCUCCGGAGGGACCGUCGCAUGCUUCCAGCGGGCCGAGGUCGUGUUGGCAGUGCAGCUGAACGGUGAUUGGAUCGCGAUGUCUGUCCUCAAGGAUAAGUCUUGCGAGCCCAGCUCAGUACAGCUGCCGGUAGAGUUCGCAGGUGGGGAUGUCAAGUUUGCCGUGGUCACCACCGAGAACAACCAAGUGAUUGCACUCACCGAGGCAACGAUGAUGCCCGAUCAGAAGUUCCCUGUCGUCAAGUUCGUGACACAGACUGGCACUUUCGGCAUCUCCAUCCUGACCGUCCUGAAUUUGCGCAGUGGCCCGAGUAUUAUGCAGACACCGACCCCGAAGACAGACACCGGAGUCCCAGAGACAACUGUUUCGGACCCACCGGUGGGGCCGGCGACGAGCAGCGCAGACUCGCCAGUGACAAAGCCUGGGCCAGACUCGCCAGUGGCAAAGCCGGGGGCGACGGAAGCCAAAGUGGAGGACGAUGGGCCGAUCGUGGAGGAUGGUUCCGAGCCAGACUCUGAGUUUGUGCGGGUUGAUGAGUCGGAGCAGGACAUCACAUCCAUGCCGACAAGCCAAGUGGAGCACAUCCUGCAGAGCGGCGGCUCCCUUCCUGGCUGGGACCCGCAGGGCGACCCUGUGCAGGACCUGGGGUACGUGAAAAUCUUUUACUCUGCGGCCCCCAGCGACACUGUGGCCGGCUUGCAAAUUGGAGUCUGGUUUGAAGACCAAGCUGAUCGACCUUCGGGACCAGUAUGUGGCGAUGCACAACGAUGGGUCGAUGCUGAGUCUGAGAUGAACGGGCACGAGUUGUACUACCACAUCUACGGCGAGAACAACCCGCCUUUCCUGAUGGCCAAGGUUCCGGGUGGCUCGUACAACACGUACCCGUUCUUCCUGCACGCCUUCGACAUCAUGGCAGGAGUCCAAGGCAUGUUCAUGCAGGCUGGCCUCUGGAAAGUGCGAGGAUUGGUCCUCCCUUCACAGAUGAGGAUCCCGGAUCGCAGUCCCGCGGCUUUGAACAAGUCACUGCUGGCCCAGCAUUUUCCUGAGGACAGCCGUAUCAUGGAGGAUGUGCUUCCGAUGCACUGCUCGCUGAAGAUUGACCACUCGGAUUACAUGGCACGUGGGCCCUACGAGCAUCUUGUCGGUGCCCCCCCGAACUCCGAAGAGUCCUUCUUCUUUGACUGCUCGCCCUCCACGACUUUCUACAUGCAGGCCAAGGGUCAGUUCAUCUAUGCCAUGAACCUUGGCUUCGAAAAGACCAAGAAGCCCCGCAGCGAGCUGACCGUCGAUUGGAUCCGCAAGGCCGAUGUCCCUGGAAUCAAGGAGUUCCAGGUACUGGGUGUGUUUCCAAUGGAGCCGCCUAGCCUGCAGGGCAUUGCGAAGUUCAAGUACCACUCCGGCAUCUACUGCGAGGAGGCCGGUAUCAAGAAGGCCUUGUUCCUGGAGCUGCGCGACUACCCGGACAACAUGUACUGCCGGGGAGGGCGGCGACCGCCGAACGUGCUGCAGCUCUUCGCAAUGGACCAGGUGCCCGCCGAGAUCAAGAAGUCACUGGUGACGAAGGCACCGGCAGGGCAGAAUUUCGAGCCUCGUCGGAGCAGGCCUGGAUUUGUUGUCCAGGGCGACAGGCCGUUCAAAACCUGUCCGCACGGAUGGGUCUGGCAGGAAGCCUACAACGGCAAGAUCACGUUCUACUACGUGGACGAUGGCCAGACGUACGAGUUCCACCAGAACAGCCCGGACUCCAAUGUGCAGUUCUUUGACCACGAAAAAGGGGAGUACGUGGUGGCAAACGGCUGCAAUGGCACAUGGCAGCAUGACACGGUGUCGAGUUUCAUCG